AUAGUAGAUAGAGAGGCUACAAUAGGAUGAGCUCGGGCCCCAAAUGGGUCAACAGAACUUGGACCCAACAGCCAAAUUUCCUGCUUUUCACGGAACCCCAUCGCUUAAGGCAAACCCAACCCAACGGUCUAAAAAUGCCCCUCUUUUCUUUCUCUCACCCUCUUCAACCUCCGAAUCUCCAACGUACAGAACAGCCUCCUCUCUCAUAAUCUCGAUUAGCCUCGGAGCUUCGCGAUUCUUAUUCACUUUAUAGCGCUGGCAUCACGGGGUUCGCUCACAUACAUGCGCGGGGCUGUACGGGGUGCAGUUACAGAAUCGGGUUGAGGCGCAUGUUCGAGGAUGGCGACUUGGUUCAAAAUCCGGUUGCAUCAGACGGAAAUCGAACUGAGAUUAAGGAUUUGAGGUAAGUUUUCAAGCCUGAGGUAAAUAAAAGGGUAGAAAUUUUAGAGAUAUUUAAUGGGUUUUCGGGUCUAGGGUCCGUUAGAGGAAAAAUUGAUCAAAGUCCUGCUCUGUAAUUGGGUAUAGAUCCAUGUCAUUACCGAUUUCAUUUGGGGAUUCCGAUUGCAAACCCUAGCCGCCCAGGGAGAGAAAAGAAUUGACCCAGAAGAGAUAUUUGAAGUUUGGGAUUUGGAUUCAAGGAGUAGAACUCCAUGAUUUCACCUGGUUUGAGGUGACCCCUUUUUUUUGUCAUGAAUUGAAUAUUGAGCUUCUCUUCAUGCAAUUUGUGUUUUUUGGUUCAUAUUGGGGAUUGUUUAGUAAUCUCUUUCUAUUGUUGUACUUUGAUUGUAGCCUUAAUUCUGUUCUCUGAUGAUAGUUUCCUGCUUUCCAUUGAAUAUUUAAAAAGAUGAAUUUAUAUAAUCUCAUGCAUUCCAUUUUGUUUGGUUUCUGAUGGUUUCACUUCACUGCUUUGUUUGAAUAUUUAUCUAAUAAUUGGAAAUGAAUUCAGUGUGUUUGAAGUUGUAGUAAAUACAUUUAUGGUUUGUUUUUGUAUAAUUGGAAACGGAAUAUAUUUAGUUCUUUUAA